AUGGGAAACGACCCGGAAAAACUCUCCAGCGAGGAGCUAGCUGAACCUCCAUUUGAUGGCCUCCGCCGAAAGGAUUGGGUUAUGCUUUGUGUUACCCUCCCGUUCAUGUUGCAUAAUACAUAUCUCAUGUUUCAGGCCUGGCAGAAGUUCGAAAGCUGGGGAGCUGCUAGCACUACUGACAAGACGCAUCUCAUCUGGGGGGCUAUCUCUAUGGUAUUCGCGAUUACUACCGUAUCCGGCUAUGGCACCCUUCUGGUGCUUUCAUAUCGGGAUCGAGCAUAG